AUGGACGACCCAUUCGUGUCCGCCUCGGACGAGGCGACGAUUCCUCGCGACUCCCACCGGUAUUCGACCUUCGAUACGCAACUCUUCAGUCUGAAUGCUUCUUCCCCGGCUCAGGCCAAGCGUGCCCUUGAGGCGCAUCUGGCAGAGACGGAGAGGAGGCUGGAAGAUGCGUCCCGUCUAGGGACGGCGCUGGUCCAGCAGCAGAAGGAGUUGUCCGACAAGCUCAAGGAGAUAGAACACCAACAGGAUGAAGGCGAAAUUGGGCCGGAGCUCCGCCAGAAACUCGUCGAUCUAGAGAGAGAAUACAAUGAGAUCGGUCGCGAGUCUGCGCGAGCCUUUCUGGCUCCGAAGCGUCUGGUGAGCGGUGCCGAAGAGAACGGGUUGGCUACGCCCUCUGUGGAUCUGAAGUCGCCAGCUAGUCCGGCGUUGUUCUCGGGUCAAGCGGUCAACUCUCCUUCCAAGGUCGUCAGUGUUCAAUCGCGGAAACAGCGCAACCAACCGUCGAGCCGCAUCCACGAUAUCGAAUUCGCGACAGAAAUCUCGACUUCACUGCUUGCCCAGGUCCGGCAACUCCAAGCGCUUCUUGCGGAACGUGAGGAAACCCUGAAAUCGGUCAAUCUGGAGAAGUCGAGACUGGAGCUGGAAGCGGAGGGGUUCUCUCAGCGGAUCCGCGCUCUCGACGAGAGUGAGCAACGCUACAAGGAUGAGAACUGGAGCUUGGAAACGCAGACGCACGAGCUCAUGGCGGCCAUCAAGGAGGCUGCGGAGCGGGAGAACCGGCUUAACAGCAGCUUGAGCGCCAUGACCGAGGACAAGAACGCCGUGCAACGAGAGCUAGAGGAGCUGAAGCAGGUCAAUGGCAAGCUGGCGGAAGAACAAGCCGCCGCACAAAAGGCUCACGAUGCGGAGCUCCAUCUUCUCCGAAGGAACCUGAGCGCUGGUGAUGCUGAAAAGCUCACCUUGCAGGCCAAGGUUGAUGAGUUGACCUCGCAGAACCAGGAGCUUGCUAAGGCUGUGGCCAUGCGCUUGCGCCAGCAAGAAACUGACACCACGCACAUGUUUACUCCUAUCCACGAGCCUGAGAUGGAUGACCAGUCGACUCCGGAGAAUUCGCCGCCAGUGUCGCCCAACAAGCCAACUCCUCGUCACAAUCAUCUGGAGUCCGAGACGCUGCGGUCUUCCCUGGGCCAUGCUCAUCGUAUGAUCCAAAACCUGAAGAGCAACAUCCACAGGGAGAAGACGGAGAAGAUCGAGCUGAAGCGCAUGUUACAAGACGCCCGCGACGAGCUGGAGACACGCCGUCGUGAGGCCCAGGCGCCGCAGGCUGCACCCAAGCGCUCCAACAGAUUCAAGCAGGAGGCGUUCAAGAAGCCCCCGCGUCCCGAAAUGUUGGGCCACGGAAAGCGCAGAACUGAGAUCGAAAUCGAUGAACCAGACUGGGAGGACCAUGUCAGCGAAGUCAGCCCUACCCGGUCAGCUGCAUCAAGGAAACCAAACGGCUCUCCCGUUGUUAGUUCGACGACCGAUCCUAGCUCUGCUUACCAGACUGCUACGGAAAAUGAUGACGCCUUUGAGACCGCCCACGAACGUGAAACGACUACGGAGAGUGACGCUUUCCAGACCGGAAUUGAGAGUAUGGAUGAUGGCGAAACCACUGACGAGCUGACUGAGACCGAGGACCGCCAUGGAGGGUCGCUGCAGAGGCGGAUGCCGUCUGCGCUCACACUCAGGCAAGCCGGAGACCGGACUUCCUUCCAGAGUACGGCUUCGACCUCCGCGGAUGAAGACGAGGGGCCGUACUCGCCAAUCCAAGCGCAACCACAACGCUACCGCUUGAAGAUGAACAGAGGUGCCUUCAGACGGAUCCGUCCGUCUGGCGAAGCCCCAAUGGCCUCGGAGAGUGACGCUGGUAGUGCGCGGGACUCUCCCGCGACGAGUUUCCAGGAGCUUGCAGCUCCAGCAGGCCAGAGCCUCUUUGCGGAGCUUGGAGAAUUGGAGACGCCCGGCAGCGAAGGAGAGUUCGACCUUUCCGCACGCUCGAGAACGGCCUCUCUGGCUUCUACGUCUCGCUUUACGGCCGCAUACGACUCUAGGCGACAAUCAGAGGUGGAGAUGCCUCCAGUACCUAGGCCUGUCAUGGUAGAUAGUGGAAUGAUGACGGAGCCAUGGGAGACAGCGUCAACAACUGGAACUGCUACUGAGGGUUCCUCUACUCCUACCGCUCCCAUGACGCCGCAGAAAGCAGACGAGCCCAGGUUGGUCAACUCGGCAACGCAAUGGACGCCAUUGAGGGCUUCCCCGGCACUGAACGGGGAACAUCUGACAACCGUGCCCACCCCACCCAAGACGAUAUGGGAUGAGACUCUUCCUGGCGUGCGCCGAGAGGUCGAGGAUGGUGAAUCGACCGCCCCUGAGCCACCAGCCAUGGAAGUAUCGCCGAUUUUCGCAGAGGAGAUCGUGCCAGCAGCGCCUACCAUGCCCUCCUUGAGUCUCUCGUCAGUCUUCACUCAAACAACAGAGCCCGUACAGGUCGCGAAGCCCGAAGUCGCAGAACGCGAGACGCAGACGCAGUCGGUACCCGAACUGAUUGUGUCUCCCGUUUAUACUGAGCAGACCGAACCCUCACCACCGUUGUCUCCAGAGGUACCCGUGCAAUCCGUGCCUCAACUUUCGUUCUCGACUAUCCACUCAGCGGAAACAGUCCCAGUGCAGCCAGUCACCCCCUCUGUUGUUGUCGGUGGAUUCAGUGCUAUCGAGGAGGAUUCCCCUGUUGGAAGACCAGCGACCGCAACGCAGGCUAAGAAUGCAAGCCGCAACACAGCUGUGCUGGUUGCCCCUGAUGCUGACGUCAAAGAAGACGCGAGCAAGGAGGAACCCACCCAGAAGGAUGCAAACCUGCCUCUUGGUGAUAUCUCAGGAAACGCCGCUCUUCGUGACAUGAAGUCUGCGCCCAAGUAUGUUAAUACGGACCAUGGAGCCCAGACGAUUCUGUCAUCCAAGCAGAUUGACCAGCUGCUCUUGGACCGUGAAGCGGCACGAUCUGUGUCUGCACCACCACCGUCCGAUCAGGCAAGAGAAAUCACGUCUGCUGCUGCUGCUGCUGCUGCUGCUGCUGCUACUACUCCCAAGGCAAAGGCCCCCGUCUCUCUCCACGAAUCAGUGCCGACCCUCCAGCCAACGGCCAAGCGACCUGGCAGUGCCGCCAGCCAAAGAUCUGCUACUGUCAAUCACCCGCCGUUGCCCGCGGAUCAUCGCCAGACGAUUGCAGCUGCGCAGAAGGAGGGCGCCCAAAGCACUCCUGGAGCCAUGGGUCCUCCUCUUGCCCCUGCCUCCGCCUACAAGCAGACGCGGCCACGUACCCCCAACGAUCAGGCGUCGCAGACGACGAGUAACUCGAAAUACACUUCUGUCCGUACAACUGGCACCCGGCGUGGGAGUCAGCUCUCUCGGAGGUCCUCCGUCUCAUCCUUUGCUUCGGAGCUCAACGAACGGUUCAAUAUGAACAGCGAUCCUAUGCCAGCCAAUCACGGUUACGGCCCUGGUACCGAUCCUCGCAUGAUCCAAGCCAUUACGCAAACUAUGAUUGGUGAAUUCUUGUGGAAGUAUACUCGCAAGACAGUCGGGGGAGAUAUGUCGAACACGCGACAUCGGCGGUACUUCUGGGUUCACCCGUACACGCGCACGCUGUACUGGAGCGAACAAGAUCCUCAAACCGCCGGCAAGUCUGAACUCAAGGCUAAGAGUGUAGCUAUUGAGGCUGUCCGAGUGAUCGCCGACGACAACCCUUACCCUCCCGGUCUGCACCGGAAGAGUCUAGAGGUGGUCACUCCUGGUAGACGGGUCAAGUUCACCGCAGCCACCAGCCAGCGACACGAGACCUGGUACAACGCGCUGUCCUAUCUGUUGUUGCGUAGUAACGGUGACGACUCGGAAGAAAAUGACAACAUCACGUCGGAUGACAUCGAUGAAUUCAAUGUUAAUUGCCGUACCACAUCUCGUCAGACCAAUUCGCGGUUAUCGUUCUCUUCCUACAACAGUCGCACCGCUAGGAACACAAUGAAACCGCGUGCUGGUUCCGCUAUGUCGAUGCGAACGGCGGCCACGCCGGGGCGUGCCUCGCCAGCGCUGAGCGCCCCGCAAGUUUCCACCGUUCGUGGCCCCGAACAAGCACGCUCCGCUUCUCGCUUAAGCACCGUGAUCAAUACGACGCUUCGAGGAUCGUUUUCGAGCCUCAGGGGCAGACACAGUCAUGUCGAGGACACGUAUGACCCGACUGUUGCUGAUCACGACAGCGCGGAGGACUUGAGACAUGUGAUUGAGAGACAAGAGCGCGAAGCGGACCGCUUGGAGAAUGUCCGUGCCUGCUGUGAUGGUAAACACGAUGUCAGUGCGCUCUCGAGGACUAGCCGGUAUAGCCCAAGGCUCAACCGGCAUUCGCAUCAUCACUAG